CAAAAACAUACUUAAGUUAUUUUAUUUUUUUGGUGGCUUAUCCCCAAAGAAAAGAAUUACGAGUUUUAUUUUAAUUUUUCUUUCUUCCUCAAAUACAAAUCACAUUCACUGAAGUUAGGGUUUAUAAUUUGCAUUCAUAUUGUGUCUGUAUUGUUGAGAUCAAACAAACCAUGUCGAUCUUCGAGUACAACGGAAGUGCCCUAGUGGCUAUGGUUGGUAAGAACUGCUUCGCCAUUGCUAGCGAUCGUAGACUCGGUGUUCAGCUUCAAACCAUAGCCACCGAUUUCAAAAGGAUUUCCAAAAUUCACGAUAAACUCUUCAUCGGUCUCUCUGGCCUCGCCACCGAUGCUCAAACACUGUAUCAGCGUCUUGUUUUUCGUCACAAACUCUAUCAGCUUCGUGAAGAGCGUGAUAUGAAACCGGAGACUUUUGCUAGUUUGGUCUCUGCCAUUCUCUAUGAGAAACGGUUCGGUCCAUACUUUACCCAGCCUGUAAUUGCUGGAUUAGGGGAUGAUGACAAACCAUUCAUUUGUACAAUGGAUGCAAUUGGAGCAAAAGAGCUUGCAAAAGAUUUUGUUGUUGCUGGUACUGCAUCUGAGUCUCUGUAUGGUGCUUGUGAAGCAAUGUUUAAGCCUGACAUGGAAGCCGAGGAAUUGUUUGAGACCAUCUCCCAAGCACUGUUAUCAUCUGUAGACCGUGACUGUCUUAGUGGCUGGGGUGGGCAUGUCUAUGUUGUCACUCCAACAGAAGUAAAGGAAAGGAUUUUGAAGGGAAGAAUGGAUUAACUUUUAUGCCAUAUGCUCAGCUACUUCAGUUCACUUUGUUUCCUGUUUAAUUCAGAGCUGAUUGACAGAACAUGUACCAUCUGUUUUUAAUGGGUACCUACCUUGUUAUUGUGCACUUAAAUUAAACGUACCCAGAAAUUAUUUACAAAUUGGUUCAGCUGUUUCUAUAUAGAUUUUUUAAGAUUAUCGGUGAAAAUAGAUUCUGGAAUUGGGUAUGCUGUGAAUUCAAUUAUGAGAUAUCUAUUGAAAUGUUUCUAGGA